CACCCUGUAAGCUAUUCCAGUCUCCAUCCUACUUGUUCCUCUGGUGAACUAGGUUAAAUUUAUCAAAAAAAUGCCUAAACUCCUAAAAAGUAUCGUCACUGUCAUUGAUCUUUUCUACCAAUAUGCCACCCGGGAUGGGGAGUGUGACAUGUUGAACAAGGCAGAACUGAAAGAACUUUUGGAAAAUGAGUUUCAUCAAAUUCUGAAGAAUCCAGAUGAUCCAGACACUGUAGAUAUCAUCAUGCAAAAUCUGGAUCAAGACCGUGACAAGAAAGUGGACUUUACUGAGUAUCUUCUGAUGAUAUUUAAACUGGCUCAGGCUUGUAAUAAAAUCAUCAGCAAAGAUUACUGCGAAGCUUCAGGGUCAAAACAGAGAGACCACAAUCACCAGCACCAAGAGGAAAAAAGUGAAACAAAAGAGGAGGACAAAAGGCAAGGUCAUUCAAGGUCAAGUACAGGAGAGAAUGAUUCCAGGGUCUCCAGAAGAAGCAAUAAACACAGACCUGGGUCCAGCUCCAGAAGAAUGGACCAUCAAGGAGGCUUGUCAAGUUCAGAGCACAGGCAAAGCUCUGGGGAAAGAAGAAGAGAGUCAAGUUCAGGCCAUUUCAAAGAGAGUAAGAAAAACAGGCAUGGCUUUUAUAAACAAGAGAGGUCUGAGAGUCAUUCUUCUGGUCAGAGGCAACAUAGAACCAAUAAAAGUGGUCAAUCUGGACUUAGUAGACAACGAAAAUGGUCUACAAGCAAUGAGGGAUGUGGGUCUGAAUCAGGCCAGUCCAUAAGCAAAGGCAAAAAUCAAUCAAGCUCCUAUGAGUCCUCUACUCAGAGAAAACAUAGCAGCAGCUCUACUCAUCAGUCAGGAGGUUAUGGAAGACAAAAUCAUGGCUCUGUGUCAGGCCAGUCCUCUAAUUAUGGAAAAUAUGGACCUGGUUUUAAUCAGUCUUCUAGUCAGAAAUACCAUGAAUCUAGCUCAGGAUCCAGUUUAGGUGAAUCAUCAAGCUGUGGACAACAUGAAUUUGGAUCAGGUCAGUCCUCUGGCUAUGAACAACAUAGAUCUGGCUCAGGUCAAUCUUCUGGCUUUGGGCAACAUGGAUCUGGUUUAGGUCAAUCUUCUAGUUAUAGACAAAACAGUUCUACUUCAGGAUGUUCAUCAAGCUGUGGACACUAUGGAUCUGGCUUAAGUCAAUCUUCUAGCCAUAGCCAACACUGGUCCAGCUCAGGAGAGUCGUCUCAUUAUGGACAACAUAGUUCUGGCUCAAGUCAAUCUUCUGGCCACAGCCAACAUGGGUCUGGCUCAAGAGAAUCUUCUAGCAAUGGACAACAUAGGUCUGGCUCAAGUCCAUCUUUUAGCCCCAGCCGACAUGGAUCGGGAACAGGCCAGUCCUCUGGCUUUGGACAACAUGGGUCAGGAUCAGGUCAGUCUUCUAGCCAUAGCCAACACAGGUCUGGAUCAGGCCAGUCUUCUGGCUAUGGACAACAUAGAUCUGGCUUAGGUCAGUCCUCUACAUAUGGUCAUCAAGGAUCUGGAUCAGGUCAGUCUUCUGGCUUUGGGCAACAUGAGUCUAGCUCAGGAGAGUCUUCUGGCACUGAGCAUAGAUCUGGCUUAGGUCAAUCACCCAGCUCUGGACAGCAUAAAUCUGGAUAUGGUCAAUCAUCUAGCUAUGGACAACAUGGUUCUACUUUUGGGCAGUCAUCAAGCUGUGGUCAACAUGGAUCUGGAUCAGGACAGUCCUCUAGUUAUGGCCAACAUAGGUCUGGCUCAGGCCAGUCUUCUGGCUAUGAUCAACACAGAUCUGGCUCUGGUCAGUCUUCUGAAUAUGGUCAUCAUAGAUCUGGAUCAAGUCAAUCUUCUGGUUUUGGGCAACAUGGGUCUAGCUCAGGUCAUUCUUAUGGCUUUGGGCAACAUGAGUCUAGCUCAGGUCAGUCUUCUGGCUUUGGGCAACAUGAAUCCAGCUCAGGAGAAUCCUCUGGCAAUGAACAGGGAUCUGGCUUAGGUCAGUCAUCAAGCUCUGGACAGCACAAAUCUGGAUAUAAUCAGUCCUCUAACUAUGGACAACAUGGUUCUGCUUUUGGACAGUCAUCAGGCAGUGGUCAACAUGCAUCUGGAUCAGGCCAGUCUUCAGGCUUUGGGCAACACUGGUCUGGAUCAGGUCAGUUUUCUGGCUGUGGGCAACAUGGGUCUGAAUCUGGUCAGUCUUCUGGCUUUGGUCAACAUAGCUCUGCAUCAGGCCAAUCUUCUGGCUAUGGAGAAUAUGGGUCUGGAUCCACUCGGUCUUCUAGUUAUGGCCAACAUGGGUCUGGGUCAGGUCAGUCUUCUGGCUUUGGGCAACAUGGAUCUGGCUCAGGUCAGUCUUUUAGCUAUGGUCACCAUAGGUCUCGAUCAGGACAGUCUGCUGGCCAUGGUCAGUAUGGUUCUGGCUCAAGUCAAUCCUCUAGCUAUGGACAAUAUGGUUCUGCUCCAGGACAGACAUCAAGCUGUGGUCAACAUGUGUCUGGAUCAGGCCAGUCUUCUGGCUAUGGCCAACAUGGGUUUGGAUCAAGUCAGUCUUCUAGUUAUAGCCAUCAUGGGUCUGAAUUAGGCCAGUCUCCUGGCUUUGGGCAACAUGGGUCUGGAUCCAGUCAGUCUUCUAGUUAUGGCCAACAUAGGUCUGGAUCAAGCCAGUCUUCUGGCUUUGGGCAACAUGGUUCUGGAUCCAGCCAGUAUUCUAGUUAUGGCCAAAAUGGGUCUAGAUCAGGUCAGUCUUCUGGCUUUGGGAAACAUGGAUCUGGCUCAGGUCAGUCUUCUAGCUAUGGUCACCAUAGGUCUCAAUCAGGACAGUCUGCUGGCCAUGGUAAGUGUGGUUCUGGCUCAGGUCAGUACUCUAGCUAUGGACAAUAUGGUUCUGCUCCAGGACAGACAUCAAGCUGUGGUCAACAUGCGUCUGGAUCAGGCCAGUCUUCUGGCUUCGGACAACAUGUGUCUGGAUCCAGUCAGUCUUCUAGUUAUGGCCAACGUGGGUCUGGAUCAGGCCAGUCUUCUGGCUUUGGGCAACAUGGGUCUGGAUCCAGCCAGUCUUCUAGUUAUGGCCAACAUGGGUCUGAAUCAGGUCAGUCUUCUGGCUUUGGGCAACAUGGGUCUGGAUCCAGUCAGUCUUCUACCUACAGCCAACAUGGGUCUGGAUCAGGCCAGUCUUCUGGCUUUGGGCAACAUGGGUCUGGAUCCAGUCAAUCUUCUAGUUAUGGCCAACAUGAGUCUGGAUCAGGUCAGUCUUCUGGCUUUGGACAACAUGAGUCUGGAUCCAGUCAGUAUCCUAGCUAUGGCCAGCAUGGGUCUGGAUCAGGUCAGUCUUCAGGCUCUGGACAACAUGGGUCUGGAUCAGGUCAGUCUUCUAGCUAUGGCCAACACAGGUCUGGCUCAAGUAGAUCUUCUAGUCACAGCCGACAUGGGUCUGGCUCAGGUCAGUGUUCCCGUUCUGAACAAUAUGGGUCUGGACCAUGCCAUUCAUCUAGCUCUGAGCAGUGUGGUUCUAGAUUUGGUCAGUGUUCUAGCUCUGAGCAAUAUGGGUAUGGCUCAUGUCACUCAUCUACCUCUGGACAAUGUGGUUCUGGAUCUGGUCAGUAUUCUCACUCUGAACAGUACAGAUCUUGUUCAUGUCACCCAUCUAGCUCUGGGCAAUGUGGCUCUGAAUCUGGUCAGUGUUCUAGCUAUGAGCAACAUGAAAUACAAGGGAGAUGUAGAUCAAGUUCAAGUGAAACUCGUAAUGAAUACAGUAGACCCAAAAUGUGCUCGAUCCCUAAUCAAUCAAGAAGCAAUAGCCAGGAAUGGUCAGAGUGUGGCCAAAAAGAAGGAGGUAAGAGUUAUGGCCUAUCAGGUAGUGGGCCUGAUGGAUAUGAGAGUAUUCAUGGACAAUCAAGAACAUGUAGGCAACAAAGCCAAGGAUGGAGCCAAGGUCCAUCUGACUGUAUCCAUUCAAAUUGUAAUGAAGAACAAAUAAGAAGCAGUUAUAGACAAGAAGUAAGCUCAUCAAGUUGUGGUUCUAGACAAUUUACACCCUCCUAUGGACAUUCUAGAUCCAACACUACCAAUACACUGUUAAUUUGCAAGGAGGGUAAUAGACAAGGUGACUACUGUUGUAAGAGAGGAGGAGAUAAUUGUGCAAGGGGAAGUACCAGCCCAAGUUCCCACAGUUUCUCUAGUAGCACACCACUCUAUAAAUAUAUCCAAGAGCAGAGGUGCCAAUUCUAGGGAUGAAUAAUAAAUAUAAGUGAAAUUAAUUCAAGUAGCCAUUCAAGAAAGACAAAAAUGUUACAGAUAAGCAAUUCAUUAUAAAACUCCUUUUAAAAGCAAGUAUAUCUAUUUCUUCCUCUAAACAUGUACUCUAUUCCUUGUUAUUAAGUUUUCCUCAGAAGAAUGUAGGGUAUGUGGGAACUUUGUUAGGAAAUAUUGAGUUGAACAAAUUAUGUGUGGGAAUAAAUUUAAAAGAAUAAUACAAAGCAUAUGAGAAGCAUGGGGUUUAGUUGAGGUAUCUUUUUGAGAGUUCAUUACUAAAGUUUUCAGUGUAAGUCUAAAGAACAAAGUAUUAGAAAUGCAUUACCAGUUCUGGGGCCAAAGCCUCUUAUAGCAACAUGGAGGGACCAUAGUUGUGGUAUCCCCCACAUUGGAUGGUGACAGAAUGGAGAAUAUUCUAAAAGCAAAAAAUGUAAUGUUGGUUGUUUCCUUACUUAUCAAAACCACCAAGACCCUAUUCUUGGGUAAGUCUUUAAUAAGUAAAUUUAACAAGUGUCAUUUUAAAAAUGGGACCAAGAGCUUCUCCCUUGCCAAUGAGUGAGAGCAUUCUUUCUUAAACAGCAGGGAUGGACCCUGCAGGAUAAAGGAAUCCAAAUGUGGAUUCUAACUUGGUUUCAGCAAGAAAGUUCUUGCCCCUACUCCUAAGAAUUUGCCCCAGGUUAAAAAAGGAAGAGCAAUAGCAUGGUCUCCAACCUAUUUUUAUAGUUCAUUGGUCUUUCUACAUAGGAAAAUAUCAUUUGUGCCCAGAUGGAAAGGAAGACUAUCUGCCACUGCUAUAUAGAUUUUGGCUUGACUAUAAAAUAUUUGUUUCAAGUCUUUGGAUCCAAUAACUGGAUUGCAUAAAAUUGAUAAUAAAUAAUCAU